GAGAUGGGGGGUGGAGAUGAGGUGAGAAUUUGUUUGGCCCUGUGGCCAGAUGGAAGAAAGGGUCUUUUUUUUUCCCGGAAAUGCCAAUUUAGUCGCUUUUACGUGUUUGGAAUUCAAAUGGGUGCAGAAAGCUCCCAGGAAUUCCCAAGAUGGCUCAAGUUAUUGCUGGCAUGCAAAAGAAAUGGAGCAAAGCUGUUUUUACUGUUCCUUUGAUCUUGUUUCUCCUAAUAUUAUGAGACAGGAUGCUCACAGCUUGCAGUCUCGUUUGUGUUUACUCAACGCAAACAGUGUGUGUUUAAUUAUCAGAGACCUAACAUGUCAAAACUGAUAUGCCUUUCUGAAGCUCGGUAUAAACAGAUUUCAGGUUUAUUGCUGGUGGCGUUCGUUCUCUGCCCUACUCUAGUUCUCGAUAAUCCCUCUUACUUCACUGUGUCCUCUGUUUAGUAGCCGAUUCUGUUUGUGUGGUCUGACGGAGGGGUGAGUUAUCCCCUUAUUGCCUGCCAGUUUGGCCGGUGACCUUAUAUUCACUUUGCAGACGUUUGGCCACUCCCUCACGUUAUGUCAGUCAUUCAGAUUUUCACCAGCUUUUUCACAUUUUCCAACGAGCGUCAGCCAAAGCACACUCAAGCCUGCGGCUACAGUUCAAAUAUUUACCACCGUAUCUAGGAUACGGAUACUCUGUGGUUACAUGGGCAAAAACAGGAAGUGAAUGUAUGGUUAAUACUGAGUCAACUGUCAGAGUGGGCUGAAUUUGCCAACUCUGUUACAAUGUUACAACACUUGACUUUUGUGAGAGAUGUAUUGCAACACAUGUCUUGAUGUUGUGAGGCUAAGAAAUGUUUAUCUCACCGCAGCAACAGACAAGUCAACAGAGGAAGGUCCAUCCAGAGGACACCGUUUGCAUGGAGUAGCGGAGCUCUCCAUACUUUUAAAUCAUGUGCGAGGUUCGAGUUACCCUGCCAUAAGUGUCUCAGGCUUAGAGGCAGGCUCAUGUAGCCAAAAGCCAUGGGGCCCAGGGGGGCACCAAGGGGACCGAUUACAUAACACAGAAGAGAGUCAUGUCCCACUUCUCAUGUCUCUGCUUUCUCCUCUGCCUCUGUGACCCUCCCUCUCUCCAGUCUUUCAUUCUCCUUUCUUUAAUAUCCUGUAUUUCUUUCUCCAUCGCGUUCCACACAUAUGUCUGUCUUUUUUGCCUGUGUCUGUUUUUGAUUUGUUGUUGUAAACGUCUCAAUUUCAGGGAGCAGCCAAUCUUCAGCGCGAGAGCUCAUGUGUUCCAGAUCGACCCAGCCACCAAACGCAACUGGAUCCCUGCCAGCAAGCAUGCUGUUACCGUUUCCUUUUUUUACGACGCCAACCGGAAUGUGUACCGCAUCAUCAGUGUGGGCGGGACUAAGGCGAUUAUCAACAGCACCAUCUCACCCAACAUGACCUUCACCAAAACCUCCCAGAAGUUUGGCCAGUGGGCCGACAGCCGGGCCAACACCGUCUACGGCCUGGGCUUCGCCACCGAGCAGCAGCUUCAUCAGUUUUCAGAGCGCUUUAAUGAGGUGAAGGAUGCUGCCCGCAUGGCAAGAGAAAAGUCCCAGGAAAAGAUGGAAAUGAACAACCCUGGGCUGAGCAUUGCCGCCCCUCAGUUCUCACAGGACUUGUCUGAUGAGCUGCAGUCUCCUCCAGUGAUGUGUGCCAACGGCCCUGAAGACAAGCUCUUCCGCAGCCAGAGUGCAGACAUUACACUCAACUCUGAGAAGGAGCGCAUCAAGAAGAUGUUGUCUGAAGGGUCAAUCUGUGAGAUGAACCUGGAGGCUGAGCUGUUCACGCUGCAGGACAGCAAUUCUAAACUGGUGGCGGCGCUCCAUGAGGCUAAUGCUAACGUGGAACAGUGGAAGAAGCAGCUUGUCGCCUACCAGGACGAGACAGAGAGACUGCGAGAACAGGUGGCAGACCUGGAGGCCCAUGGGGGGCACGGACCCAGUGACAUGCUGAAGGAUGAGCUGACUCAGUCACUUGAGGAAUUGGAGGCUUUGCUCAAAGCCAAAGAUGAGGAAAUACGCAUACUGCAAGCCAAGAAAUCUAAUUUCCAUGAAAUGGAACAGGAGCGAGAAGAGGCCAUUCACAGAAUACAGGAACUCGAAAUACGCAAUGUGGAGCUAGAACGCCGAGUGCAGAGUGCUGAGCAGUCCUUGGCCAACUCCUUGGAGGAGAGGGACCGCAUCGAAAGCGAGGUACAGAGAGUGGUCGAAAUCCUGGACGUCAAGAUAUUUGAUCUGAAUGACCUGAGACAGAGUCUGGUCAAACUUAUUGACAAGUAGAGUCAGAAAGGAGAGCAGUUUGUGGUCUAGCUUUGGACUAACAUGACAAAACAGGGAGAAUAAUGAGAAGUUCCAAAUGAAGGCCACAGAAAGAUUAGAAGACAAAGUACCAGAGCUGCACUAUGGACAAAAGGGCUCCUGAAAGAUAACAGCCUGUAGCUGUGUUUUCAGCACAUGAUGGGCCUGACAUAUUACUAGAUUACUUAACUGUAUUUCUAAGCUGUCUUUAUGAGCGCUGGUUUAAUUUUGCCCUAAACAAACCCUGGCAAUACAUUUAUCUUAAUCAUGAAAAAAAAAAACAAUAGGUUAAAUGCAGUAAUGGUUGGGUAACUAUGGGCACCUUUGGUUCACAUUCGCCAAAUGCAUUGCUGUAGCUACUACACAACAGCUGUUUGGUACCUGACUACUCUUAUUCAUAUUUUGAAGAAGAAUUUUAUAUUUUUGAUACAUUGUGGUGAUGAGUGAAUGGUAAAAGCACACUGAUAAAUAAAGACAAUAUGGUAUGUGGUAGUGUGGCUAAUAUAGUUAGAACUGAUAGUGUGAUCACUUUGGGUUACAUCAAACUGAGAUAAACUGGCAAAUGUACAUACUACACUAAAGCACAGAGAACGGCAAAAUAAUGUAUUUGCAGCAGAAUUUUAGAGCACGUCUGGUAUAUCACAAGAGUUAACUUGGCAGCAGCAUUUGUAGAUGAAUGAAAAGAGAAAAAAUGCAUGACAUUCAGGUUAGGUAAAGAAACAAACUAUACACUAACCAUUUAAAGAGGUGGUCAAAUGAAAACAUUUCCAUUUAGUAGGGUUCUGUUGCACAAGGUAAUACUCAGCACACAAAAUAAAUCUCAUUAGUCUUGUAUCACAGCAGUCUCAUAAGUCAAAAUGAACAUACCAAAGACCUGGUGUCUGGAGUGAGAAAUGUUAAACGCUAACUAGAGGCAUCGUAGUGAAAAUGUAGGAAAUGUUAAGAGAACUAUGUGCAUUCUCACUUUAAAAUAUAUGCACCUGUAGGAAUUAGCCAGUAAGAGUAUUUCAUGCUAGGAAAUUGCACUGAUUUAGGCAGCAUAUUCCAGUUCAUAUAAGAUAUAGGUUUUGGCCUCUUAUUAAGAGGGAGUAUUAGUUAUAAGCUUGUCCGUCUUGCCGUGUGAGCUUCAAAUUUGACUUUGUCACGUUAUGUGGUGGCCACCAUUCAUUUGCAGCUAAGAUGACUGACUAAUAUGGGUUAUGAAUAAGAAAACAGUCCUGCCUUUUGAAUAACAGUGCUUUCUUCACCAAUAAAUACCUGAUCAUCCAACUGACAGAAAAAGACUAGAUCUGUAAAGAGGUGAAUGUUUGAAGAUUACACAAGUAGCCCAAAUUCUCUUGUGAAGAGGGCAUGAAUGACAUAUUGUUGUUUCGUUACUGUUAAAAGGGAGAGUUGUGCAACAUUUUAUGUCUAAAGUUAUAUAUCCUUACAAGUCUGUCUUACCUUACAGAACAUGCUGUAUGUAAAAAUGUUGUGGGCCUUAUUUUAAAGCAUUUAAGUACAUACCUUGUGAGGUGUAGAAGAGAUUUGUUUACUUCACUUACUAAAUGUAUCAUACAUUUGCAAAUAUUACCUUGGUCAGUUUUAAUAGACCAACAUUUCAAUGGUUUCUGUAUGAUACAAACUGUUCAUAUUUUAAAACACUUCAGUUCUUAAUCAAGGUGUUUGUAAUAUUUCUGCAUAAUUUACCUCAAAAGCUGGCUAGUUUGACAAAUGGACUUUGUGCUAUUUCUGUUUCAUAAGGGAAACCUAUAUAGAUUUAAUACAUUUUAAAUGCAGUGCAAAGACAUGCAGAACAUGCCAUUUAAUUGCUAAUUUGGCUGUGGUUUGACCUUGAGAAGCCUUUUAUGUGUCAAAUAGGAAUUAUUCUGUCACUACUACAGUUUGUGCAUCAACAAUUUCUUUGAAUAAAGUGACAGAUCUGAA